AUGCCUACUGCAGCCCAGGGGAGGGCGGGCCGCAGGUGUCGCAGCUCAACCUGCUGGGUGCACGCAUGGACGAGUUCGAGGGUCUGUGUGAUGAGAUAUACCAGAUCGUGGAGCACGCGUACGUGGGCAUUCGGCAAAGCGUCCUCGCGGAAGAGAUGGGCGCGCCUGACCUGGCCGCCAAGAUGCAGGACAAGGAGGCCUACCUGCAGGCCAUCGAGACCCUCAACGAACACCUUCAAACCACCGCCAAGCUGCGACACACCCUCCUCGCCGCCACUACCACCGCCACCGAGGACGGCGACGACAGUUCUUCCUCCACAAUGUCAUCAUGACCCACAAACAAGAAAUAAAAAUAAACAAUAA